UGACAUCCCACGCUACAGCGGACUCUGGUGGAUGGAGGCUGUUUCAGAGGAUGACAAGGGUGUAUCGGACGAGCGUGACUGCCCAGACAAUCGGAAUUCGCGGCUUUGUGCUCCUUCAUACACCAUUUCGGAGCCGACUUAGGCAUAUAUCUCACGUUCCCGCAACUCGUGCAGUUUUUGAGUCUUAACAGUGACGCAAACUGGAAAAAGUGGGAAACACUGCACAUAAAGCUACUUAACAAGCUCAAAUAUCGCGCCCGACCCGAACGCUGGGAACCUGUCUUGGGGCGGUUUUUGCAAAUUCACGCGAAUGACGCGGAAGAUUUGCUUCUGGCAGGAGAUUUGCUGCAGCGUGGUUCCGGUAAUCCUUCAACGGCUACCAACCGAAAAUUUGUAUCCACACCCCCUCUUGUCUAUUAUGACUUGGAUUUCCCUAUCCGAACUAAAAUGCUUUUGCUACUUCUCGAGACACAGUUCGAUCGGAACCAGGCCUUUAAAGAAAAGGUAAAUCUGCGAUCGGCGGUUGAUUUGAGGUUUCGACCACUUGGUACGGAUGUUUGGGGAAGAAAUUACUGGUUAUUGAAGGACUCCGAAGUAAACGUGCUUCUUUAUCGUGAAGAAGCGGAACAUGAGAAAAUACAGCUGGUUUGCGAAACAACUGAUGAAAUUCGCCAGUUGCAUCACGAACUCAAAGAUGCUUGCCCUCCGGAAUCCAAGUUGGCUGACAUUCUGGUUCACCAGUGCACUCCAUCUAAUUCCUUAUUGGAGACAAUAGCAACUACUUUGCUUCACAACGGUAUCGCCACCACUGAGUCAGAACAAUUGGAUUCGGCAAGUUCUGUCAUGGACCGGGAGGUGAAACCAUUUCCUCCAUCCCCCAGCACGCCCCCACCUACGCCGAUACCAACCGUCACUAACGGAUCGGCAGCCCCCGUCGUACCAUCUAACCUGUUAAUAAAGACUGAGGACACGGAACUAUGUACCAAGGCAUCACCUUUGAGUUCAGAAGGUCCUAUUGGAGAGAAAGCUGAGGAGAACUCUGUAGACAAUAUCCACUGCGUAAAACCGGAUCCUCAGCCUCCAGGGGAUGAUGAAAGCACAACAGAUGGAAAGGUUAUCAAUGGUGAAUGUACCCAACCGGCAGAGAAUGGUAAGAAAUGCCAGUCAAAUAAGCGCACAACCAAGGUCAAGCCAAAUGGAAAUGACCCGACCGAAGUUCGGCGUAGUGGUCGCCAAAGAAAACCGGUCGAAUUUUUAACAAUGGAAACCUUGCAACCUAAACGAACUCGCUCGAGCGCAGCGGUGACCAAGCCACAAGAGGUACACACCAAAGAAGGAAAUAAAAUUGUUUUGUCGAAGCAUUCGAAAAAGCGUGGGUCCAAAUCCAAGCUCCCGCAAGUACCUGGUGAUAUCGGCACCAUUUCAGGCAACCACAACAAUGAAAGUAAGCAGAGACGCAAGAAAAAGAAGAGGAGGCGCCGUCGGAAGGAUGGCAGUCGCUCUAACCCCUGGCUUUGCUCCUCCUCUUCUAGCGAAUCGUUUGAUGAAGAUGACACUUUCGAGCAUGCUUUACAACAGCAAUUUGCUGAGAGUAGCGAUUCAGAUGCGCGACGUGCAAAGAAGGCGAAUAGCAUUUCAGACUGGAAUGACAAGCCUGAAAGUGAUUUCAAUCCAGACGAUAUCGGCUCUGAUAGUGACGCUGACAGUCUUACACAAGGACGCAAUCUAGCUAGACAGAAACGUCUACAGCGGAAGCUGAGCAGCGUAGGUGCAAGUCACCUAGUACCCGAACAGGAGUCUCCAUGUCAAGUUUGCUUUCGCUGCCAUUUGCCUGAAUGGAUGUUGUUGUGUGACCGUUGCGAUCUUGGGCAUCAUGCAAUGUGUUUGCGGCCGCCGCUGCUCAUCAUUCCUGAGGGGGAUUGGUUUUGCCCGCGUUGUCAACACGCCACCUUGGUAUCUGCUCUAGCAGAAUGUGCAGACGCAGUUGAUGCAGAGCAAAAGAAACAAACUCUUUUCAAGCGAAUGCAAGAACGACUGAACUACGUCAAUAUCAGCAUGACGAACAUAUUGGCAGAUGAGGACGAUGGAGACGCUGAUAAAGUAAGUCGGACAAGGAAUCGAUCGAGACAAGGCAUUAUAUAUCGAGAAUCAGACUCGUCAGAUGGACUAUCCGAAGACCCAAGUAGUGGGGCAGAGAGUUUUACUGCUUCUAGCGACGACGACGAUCAUUCCGAAGGCAAUCAACGAGUGAGGGGGGUUAAGCCGCGCACUCGAUUUCCACGAACUGCUCGAAAUCGACGUGCAGUACGGCUUAACUCCAGUUCAGAAAGUGAGGUGACAACGUACUCUUCAUCUGACUCCUCAGCUGAGUCUCCACCCGUCCCCGCUCCACGCUCAACAAGAAAACGACAGGCGCACUAUAAUCUUUCAGAAGCAUUCAAGCACCUUGAUGAAGUCCUGGAGGAGGACGAAAAGUAUCAACAAGAAAAGCGUCUUCGGAAGAGUCGUAAAACGAACGCAUCUGACGCAUCCGGUAAUGAGGCUGGUUCGCAGGAGCCUGCCGAACGUCCAGGUGGUCGUUCUCGUGGGAAGGACCUAUCAAACAUUCUCGGUCCCGAUUGGAAAGACUGGGAACCUAGCAAACCGAGGUCCAGACGACGCCGAUUGGGCGGUCAGCUGUCUAGCUCAUCGGAUGAAUCAGAUGUGGACGGGAAAAGCCAUCGUGAUAGUGUUGACGAUGAUACCGAUUUCAAACCUUCUGGUGUAUCAAGUGAGGUAUCUGAACUGGAAGGUGAGGAGUUCGGUAGUUCCAGUGCUACUAGUAGUGACAAUAGCUGGCUUUGUGCUUCCCGUCGCGCCCGCAAGAAAAGGAACCGAUCCGUCAGGCCUUCUCGUCAUCAAAAUCGCCUUCGAAAACGGAGAAGACCAAUACCUCAAUUCGAAGAAAGUGAAAACGAAGCAUCUGGCGAGGUUCUUCAUCGCCCAAAGCGCAAUCGAACUGUUGUCAGUUACCGGGAGUCUGAUGAACAAGAUGAAGACGAUCCGCCAUUUCAGAAGCUAAGAACUAAGGCCAGGCGAGGGUUUAGCGAUGACGAGAAAUCGUCUAACGAUAACCUGUCUGGUGGAAGUGCCGAUCGAGGUUCGGUGCAUGUUUCCAAUACCCCCCGAGUGGAGCGUAAGAACCGGAGACGUAUCCUAUCGUCUUCCGAAAGCGAAUAUCGGCCAGAAGACGAAAUGACAGGUAACCAGUCUCCGACGGAACAGAAAUACCCUGCUGACACUGUCUCCGACUUGUCGGAUGAGCUCUCCCAUACAAAACUCAAGAUUAGCGAAUCAAGUCCAGAACAAUCCACAAUAUUCGAACAGUCGGUUUCGGAGGGACCAAUUGUCACUUCCGCGAUCCCUCCAGUCUCUUUGGCAUCAUCUUGUUUCGAUUGGAAGCACGAUAGUCAUAAAUUGCAGUCGCAGAGCGACGAAGAAUCGGUGCUUGACGAGACAGAUGAUUUGUUGCCUCGUCGUCCACUUUCACACUCCAUUUCACCGAAACCAGACAUCGAACCAGGUAGUCUUUAUAUGGCGAAAGAGUCUCCUGAUAUUUUUGAGUAACAAACCUACGUGAUGUUCCUUGAUCUUAGUGCCCCUCAGCUGUCCCCAAGUGCACAAUGUUUGGUCUGCCAUUUUAUGUCCGUCCUUUGUAUAUAAGUCGGCUCCGAUCUCUGUUUUCUGUUUUUUUUUCUCGUGUACACGUAAUUUCCGUUUGACCUGUCAAAGCAUUUAUAUUUCAAGCUAUCUUCGGGUGCGCUGCCUCUUCAGAAUCACGUUGGAUUGUACAAAAUUGUUUAAUAACAUAAAU